AUGUCAAGUCUUAAGGAGUUUCUUGAAAAAAAAGUCCGAGUGAUCUCAACCGAUGCAAGACUUUUUGAAGGAAUACUUCAAGGUUAUGAUAACUCCACCAACGUGAUAAUAUCUAAUUGUAUUGAACUAGUCAUAUACGAAGAAGAUGAAGGGGAAGAAAACCAGCAAAUCCCGUUGGGGCUCUAUGUGAUGAGAGGGGGCAACAUUGUAUGCAUAGGAGAAGUAGAUGAAAGUGAGGCGAUAGAUUGGAGUACAAUCCAUGGUAGUGAAUUGAAAGGAACAAAGAAUCCAUUGUAA